UUUUCAGCAUCCAACUAGCUAUCUCAUCAAUGAGAAGUACAUUGCCAUCGAACCCUUUACUUUGCAUUCGAGCCCACUGACGUCGGAACGCCGCAUGUUCUUGGUUUGCUCAUCUUUGCACUUCUCAUUUUGAUUCCUCCUCUGCAUCACAAAGUAGCCAACAUGGCGAUGAAGGACAUGAAGCCCGAUCUGGAGAAGCUCGAUUCUCACAUCGACUCUCUCGAGGAUGCGCUUAAGCCCCUUAUCGACAGUCUUCCUCAAUUGGCCGACGAGCUUCCGCUACUCGACAAGGCCAAAAUGUUUGCCCUCUCGGCCUAUGCCAUUGAGUCUCUCCUCUUUUCUGCCCUCCGUUUGCAAGGUGUAGACGCCAAGGACCACCACGUCAUGACGGAACUCAAACGCGUGCAGCAGUACUUUGGCAAGAUCAAGAAUGUCGAGGAGACGCCGGCCCAACGGACCCUGACCAUCAACACGGAGGCCGCGACGCGGAUCCUCAAAGCGGAUCUUGGCGAGAAUGACAAGGGACUGAAGAAGAAACUUGAGGAGAAACUGGCUGAGGAGCGCGCCAAGGCCCUGCUCAACAGCAUCCAGAAGCCCAAGAGACCGGCGCCCGAUUCGCCGUCGGCCAGCUCCUCUGGCCCGGAGAAGAGGCAGAGGAGCUCGAGACGGAAGAGCGCGGGUAAGAAGAACAAUUCAUGAAGACCGAGAGGGACGCGGAAUUGAAAACUGAAUGAAGCGCACGACUUGCCUGUUGGUCGGGUUUGAUGAGUGGCAUGAUACCCCGGGCUGUGCAUUGUAUCCGAUGUCCUUGGCCAUCGCUACUCUGGCGAUACGUGGCCCAGUGACUGUGUCUCAGACUUAUGGCAGGUUCAUCGAGGCUCAUCGAGAAGAGCCUAGGCGGAGUUAUGGCUAACCUGGGUGAGGUUAAGAGCCUGGUCUAGCUUGAGCAAAAGAAGCUCACCACAGGACUUGAGCGGGGAGCAGACACCAAAUUCGAAUUGGGAAAACGGAUACCCUCGAGAUAGAUACGUAUAUCACAUAAUGAACCGACAUCAAAGAUAAAAUUCCACGUCC